CUCACUUCCGGUGCCUCGCGUCUGCUGCGAGCGCGGCUGGGGGUCCUGGGUCGGUGAUCUGUGUGGGGAGUCCCGAGCUCGGGUCAUGUCUCACAACCUGCGCACGGCGAUGAUUUUCGGUGGCUUCGCCUUCCUCCUGGGCGCCGCCUUCUACCCCAUCUAUUUCCGGCCCCUGAUGCGGACCGAGGAGUACAAGCUGGAACAAGCCAUAAAUCGGGCUGGUAUUGUCCAAGCAGAUGUGCAGCCACCAGGAUUAAAAGUGUGGUCUGAUCCAUUUGGAAGGAAGUGAAGAGGCUUGUGUCUGAUCUGAAUGGGAAAAUAAACAUCUUCAUAUCCUCUGUGCUGCAACAAAUAUAGAUUGUCUCUGUGGAGUGAUAACUAGAGAAGAUAGAAUUCUGUAAUGGAGUAAACACUAGUAGUUCCCACAAAUAUUAAAUUUUUCUGAAGUUUCAAAACACCGUUGAUUUAAGUUACACUAUUAGGAAGUUGUGGGGGGUGGAGUUUGUGAAUUUGUUAACUAAACCUCCCCAUUCUGGAUAGAAAAUAGACCUAUUUAUUAUUCAGUCUCUAUAGCCCAAGAGUUAUGAUUUAAAUAUGGGAAGAACAGCACCCUUGGGAAGAUCCUUUUAGUGUCUUGUGUGUUGCCAUUUCUCAAGUAAGAUACUGGAAUGAAGAUUUCAGUAAGCUGCUUCAUGGGCUGUGAGAAUGUUAGAGCCAAGAAAACCGUUUUGGAAUCUGCCCUGUGCUGUUUAUUAACAAGCACAGUCCAUCCUAGUCAUGUCCUGUGGAAGACUACUUAGUUUUUGAAUGUAAAUGAGAGGUAACAUGAUUUAGUGGAAACAGUAUUGAGUCUUCAGUCAGAAUACUUGGAUUUGAGUUUCAACUUUCCCACCUACCAGCUAUGUGACCCCAGAUCCUCUCUAGAUCUGUUUCUCCACUUGUAAAAAUGGGUGAAUUGGACAAGAUAAUCCAGUCCCUUCUAGCUCUAACAUUCUGUGAUGAAGUUACUUUGCAUACGUGGUGGAAGUAGAUGUAGGAUUAAUACAAGUGUAAAUGUGUACAUUAAAAUCAUUUGUUUAACUUUGC